UCCUCCGAUGAAGGUAGGCGUGUUAAGUGAACUGAACGGGACAGCUCUACAGAGAAAGACUCGCCGAGACCGAGAAACACAAACCCGCUUCUGUUGACACCCUUGGGGGGGGGACAUCUCAACAUCAAGAAUACGGCAUUGAGGUUGCAUGCAGAGUAUAUUAUAGUAUGAAACAUCAUUUGGACCUGAGUGUGUUUCCUACUGCACAACCAGGGUUUUAACAGACACUCGUUCGCUCUGUAAUUGACAAUUCCAUUACCUUUUUAUGUAGUAUUUUCUAAACCUGGAAUGACCUGUUCUUACUGGAUUGUUUGAUGGGGCUUCUAAGAAUCAUGAUACCGCCCAAGUUUCAGCUUCUGGCGCUGUUGGCAUUCGCAGUGGCCAUGUUCUUCUUGGAGAACCAAAUCCAGAAGCUGGAGGAGUCUCGGGGAAAGCUAGAGCGGGCCAUCGCGAGGCACGAGGUGCGUGAGAUCGAGCAGCGGCACACACAGGAUGGCCUACGGGAGCGGGAGGCCCCCUCGGUGGCCGACAGCGAGGACGUGGUGGUUAUCUACAACCGCGUGCCCAAGACGGCCAGUACCUCCUUCACCAACAUCGCCUACGACCUGUGUGGCAAGAACCACUACCACGUGUUGCACAUCAACACCACCAAGAACAACCCGGUCAUGUCCAUGCAGGACCAGGUGCGGUUUGUGAAAAACGUGACAGAGUGGAGGGAGAUGAAGCCGGCGUUCUACCACGGUCACGUUUCUUUCCUGGACUUUACAAAGUUUGGAGUAAAGAAGAAGCCCAUCUACAUCAAUGUGAUCCGCGACCCCAUCGAGCGCCUGGUGUCCUACUACUACUUCCUGCGUUUUGGGGACGACUACCGGCCCGGCCUGCGGCGCCGGAAACAGGGGGAUAAGAAGACCUUUGAUGAGUGUGUGUCGGCGGGAGGCUCAGACUGCGCCCCGGAAAAGCUGUGGCUGCAGAUCCCCUUCUUCUGUGGUCACUACUCUGAGUGCUGGAACGUGGGCAGUCACUGGGCCCUGGAGCAGGCCAAGUAUAACCUGGUCAAUGAGUACCUGCUGGUGGGGGUGACAGAGGAACUGGAGGACUUUGUUAUGAUGCUGGAGGCGGCGCUGCCACGCUUCUUCAGGGGUGCCACAGAGCUCUACAGAACAGGGAAGAAAUCCCAUCUGAGGAAGACGAGUGAGAAGAAGCCGCCGACCAAGGAGUCCAUCGCCAAGCUGCAGCAGUCGGCCAUCUGGAAGAUGGAGAACGAGUUCUACGAGUUUGCCCUGGAGCAGUUCCAGUUUGUCCGGGCUCACGCCGUCCGGGAGAAGGACGGGGAACUCUACCUCCUGGCCCAGAACUUCUUCUACGAGAAGAUCUACCCCAAAACAAACUAACUAAUGCACAUGGAAGAUGGACCCUUCAUCUAGGCUUCAUCCCGUAGUCACAUACACUGGACAGAGGAGAAGAGGAAGACUAAUAUAAUCAGUGGGUCUGUGGAACUGUCUGUGUUGGACGUUAGUCAGCAGUUUCUGAAUGUCGCCCACUUAACUAACUGACUCCUCCUCCUCGUCUCCAUAGUAGCCGACAGAACUAGGAAGUGGCCUCUUCCUGGUGCGAGAUCAUGCCAAUAGGUCAUGUUCCCACCAGCAUCCCAGGUCCAGGACUCCCUUUAUACUUCCAGGUGAAAGGUCACAGGAGUGGUAUGCCCGACGGACACAUGACAGGAGACGAGUCUACUUGGCAGCUGCCCAUGUUCUCUUUCUUCUGAUCACAUGAUUUAUAUUUUCCGUCCAGGGGGAGGGGUUUUAUUGGCCGUGUUCUGUUUGGUUUCGUUUUUGUGGUUUAUUCUACUUUACUAUCAUCGUCUAUGGGAACAUUGUUGACCCAGUUUUAUACGUUAAGAGGGUGUAAUUUUUUAUGUUGUAACCCUCCCACUAAUAACUUAAAAGUUGACUACUAUGUUAUCUUGGAGUUUACCUAUAUGAACUGCAGACAUUUUUCCAAAAUCUAAAUCCUGUGACCUCUAUAGACUUGAGUGACGGAUGCACCCUGUUCACGACUGUGGUACUACUAUUCAGUGUUUGAUACUAUACUAUACUUAUUUAGUUGUUUUCUGACUCUUUCACCCGGUUGGAAUAUUGCUAGGAGGAAUGUGAAGUAUUUGCACAUGAUUUAAUUAAACUGUGGAAGAAGACAGACAACCGACCAUUUAGCUGCUGUACAUAAUACUAAUUUCAAUCUGGAUCAAACAGUUAUUCUAUAUCAAGAGGACUUACUAUUAAUACCUUAUUUCAGCUCUGGUAUAACACAUUUAGUUAAUGAGACAUUUAUAGAUUUUUCUCUCGACUUUUGUUAUUUUCUCUAUAUUGGCAAGAGACCAUUUAAUUUUUGUGCUUUUACUGUCAUAACCCAAAGAUCUCCCAAAACUGUUGUUUUACUGCUUUAAACUCAUGAACUUGCUGAAUUUCUUGACAUGAUAUUUGAUGACUGAAUUUAGAUGCUAUUUUGCUAUUCCCCUUAGGAUCAUAACUUGCAACCCAUUUUCAUUAAAUGUGUGGUUAUUAUGUAAGACUAUAACCUAACCUAA